AUGUCAUCAGCAGAAAUACAAGAAAAGAUCUCAGCAGCACGGAGGGAGGCGGACGCGUUGAAAGAUAAGAUCAGAGCGGCAAAGGAUCAAACAGCUGAUACAAGUCUGCGAGCUAUGGCCAACGACACACCUCCAUUACCGCGUAUGACAUUAAAAGUGCGGCGUACGUUGAAGGGUCAUUUGGCGAAAAUAUAUGCAUUACACUGGGCUGCAGACAAACGACAUUUAGUAUCGGCAUCUCAAGAUGGAAAGUUGAUCGUUUGGGACGCUUAUACAACCAACAAAGUUCACGCUAUCCCACUACGUUCAUCAUGGGUGAUGACCUGUGCGUAUGCGCCAUCAGGAAACUUCGUAGCUUGUGGUGGAUUGGACAACAUCUGUUCCAUCUAUUCGCUUCGAGGUGCAGCACCAGGCGGUCCAGGUGGUCAAGUCAAAGUGGCAAGAGAAUUAUCAGCACACUCGGGUUAUUUAUCCUGUUGUCGGUUCAUAAACGAUAGACAAAUAGUAACAAGUUCAGGUGAUAUGACUUGUAUGUUAUGGGAUGUAGAACAAGGCGUGAGAACUAUGGAAUUCAAUGAUCAUACCGGUGAUGUAAUGAGCAUUUCACUCGCGCCAAAUGCCAAUCUAUUCGUCUCUGGAGCGUGCGAUGCCACUGCAAAAGUAUGGGAUAUUCGAACAGGUAAAGCUGUACAAACAUUUACAGGACAUGAAUCAGAUAUCAAUGCGGUACAAUUCUUCCCUAAUGGAGAUGCUUUCGCCACUGGAUCAGAUGAUGCAACUUGCAAAUUAUACGAUUUACGUGCUGAUCGAGAGAUGAACACAUACGCACACGAUAAUAUCUUAUGCGGAAUCACUUCAGUGGCAUUCUCAAUCUCGGGACGAGUCUUAUUCGCAGGAUACGACGAUUAUAAUUGUAAUGUCUGGGAUACAUUAAAAGGUGAACGAAUAGGUGUUUUGGCAGGUCACGAAAAUAGAAUAUCUUGUAUGGGCGUAAGUGGUGAUGGUGUAGCUUUAUGCACUGGAAGUUGGGACAGUUUAUUGAAAACUCCACAUCAAAUCAAGUCAUCCAAUAAUCCUUAA